GGAAUAAAAUGAUUUUGCGCUCCUGGGACCGAGUUAGGCCCCGUUCCUUGUCGGAUUUUGCAGCCUUUCUGCUGGUGGCUGUGUUUGUGCCGGUGACAUACGUAUUCCAGAUCGUCAUCGUGCUGCCGGAGCUGUUUGUCAUCGGCGGCGUCUGCUACACGGUGCUGUGGGUUGCCAGUGUAUUCCUCAUCUUCAACCUGACGUCCAACAUGCUGGCCUGCAUGCUGGUGGACACCAGUAUAAGAAUGGAACUGCUGAAGCCACCGGUGGAGCCCGGACAGCUGGCCCGGUGGCACAUGUGCCAUGAUUGCCAGACCUUGGUGCCGCCCCGCUCCUGGCACUGUGAGGUGUGCAACGUGUGCAUUCUGAAGCGGGAUCACCAUUGCCGGUUCACCUGCUGUUGCAUCGGGCACCACAACUACCGGUACUUCUUUUUCUACUUGGUGUACAUGAUCAUUGGAUCCUUCGUGGCAACUGUCACGCAGAGCAUCUACCUUUGGCACCUUCAUCUGGAUGUAUACUGGCAGUGGUCCACGCUCUUCAAUGUGUUCGCUCCGAUGGUUAGUCUGAUGCUGUACCCCAGCUGGGAGAGCUUCUACGUGGUCAUCUACGAUCUCACCCUGCUGGCCUUCGGCAUAUCAUCCCUGCUGCUAAUCUUCCACUGGUCGAUCAUCAAGAACGGGUCCGUGACGAGGGAGCGUGGUACCAGGAAGUACGAUCGCGGCCUGAAGGGCAAUCUGGAGAUGGUGCUUGGCCAGCGGAUGCAUCUUACCUGGCUGUCGCCCUUUGUGCGCAGCGAUUUGCCGCACGAUGGCGUAAACUGGGAACCCAACGCCGCCGCCUUACCGAAGGAGGACUAGUCAAUUUUGAUUACCAAUUCAUAGUAUUAAUUGCAUUUAAAACGAUUUCCCAUUUGGAGAUCGAAUUUUAAGUUAUAGUAAAUAUUGUAAAACCCUCUAGUCAAUACAAAAAUACUAAUCUCAUUUUACCUUUAGGUAUAUCCAAAUUAUGUGUUCAUGGAAAUUAUGUUUGUAUUCUCGUCGUCUUACUCGUUCAUUUGUCACAAAUCAAUAUUCUUGUCUUUUU